AUGGCUUCAUUACCACAUGGUGUACCUCCUCUGGCAUCUACUUCUCUUCUUGGCUUGCAGCGGACAACCGAACCGCUAGAGCAGCAUGCGACAGUAACCAGAGAGAUGCGCCUCAGCCCACAUCAGCAAACUAGUAUGAGGUCCAGUGGAGAAGGUACCACGCUCGUUGAAGUAGUCAACUCGCUUGCGCGCCGGGACAGUGAUGACCUUACGGCCUCACGAGUGUCUGAUACGGACUAUGCUAGCCUGCUGGAAUGGAUUCGGUGCGAGCGAAUGAAGAAGCUGCCGCCCGAGGGGAGUAGCUAUGAUAAGGCCCUUGUGUGGGCGGCCUUAUUUGUCGAGCGUGUACAUUCUUUCGAUUCAGGUAUCGAGCAGUUUGCCGGUGACAGCCACCUCGCUGCUCAGCUUUCCUAUGGAUACUGUGCGAGUCUGCUUGAGUUGGGCGAGUCGAACGCCCCUGCCCUUAUGGACCUAUUUGGCUUCUUUUACCGCUGCUCUGCCGGUCUCGGCAACCUGCUAGAUCGUGCAGAGCUCUUUGUGGUCUCUUCUGAUAUCAAGGACCAGCUUGUUCUCGCGUUGGCUGACUUAGUGACCCUCGUUGUCUGUGUGGCCAGACACUUUCACCGGUUGCUACUCUCCUCGGAGUCGGUCUCCGUUGAUAUUCAUAGUACCUUCCCUGGUCCAAUCGAGAGUUUCCGUAGUCACUGCGAGCAUGCAUCGGAACUUAUGUGGCGCCACCAAUUGAUGCGAGAGGGUCUUAAUGGCGAUCAAGCUGUUGGAAUAAAUACUCUCAAAGACUGGUUGCAGCCUGAAGAUCCGACGUUGGCUCAAAUCACAGAGAUGGCCUCCUCAGCUCAAGAGCGUGAGGAGGGCACCUGUAUGUGGAUGAAGCCAUACUUGACGCGAUUCCUGAAAGGCGAGCAGCAGGUGCUCUCCCUCAUUGGGAAGCCGGGCUCCGGCAAGACAGUUUUGUCAACUGUGAUCAAUGAUUACCUGCAGCAUCCCGUAGGAGGGACGAGGUAUACGUCCAUUCUAGUACCUAUUAAUGGUCGAAUUCCCGCCACCACGACACCAAGCGCUGUGAUCAAGGGAAUUUUGUCCCAAAUGUUUAACAAGCACCUGGGCAAUGUGCAAUUGUAUCAGGUGUUGGCAGAUGCUUACAGCCAGAGCCAGCUUACUGUCGAUGAAGCAUCACUUGAAGAUUUGCUUUGGGACGCCCUAGCAAAUUCUAUUCAGGCCAGUUUGGCCGGCGCUAGAGAGCUCAUUUUGGUAGUCGACGGUAUCGACGAGGCUAGCUGCACGGAGAAGGCCCUGCUACAUCGACUUCAUGCGACCGCGUUCAAGAACUCCUCCAUGAAACUGAUCACACUCGCAUCUCAGGCACUUGAGUCAGUUGUCCCCCAGACGACGGUGCGAGUCACACUGGGACUCAUAUUCGACGAUAUCGCCGCAGUUACCCGCAGAAUUCUUCAUCAAAACAAUGCAUUUGACACCAUGUCUGAGGAUGACCAAGAAGUGACGGUGUCCCGUAUCACAGAGGCGUCUGAUGGCUCCUUCCUCUGGGCAAAAUUGGCUGCCAAGCGUGUGCGCGAUGAGAACCUGACGAGUGAUUCUGCGCUGUUCAAGUCCGUUGGAAGCAUCGUGAAAGCCGGAUACAAAGUCACUGACCUUGUUUCCCAUACCUUGCAGCCCAAGCUCGACGAGGAUACGAAGAAGAUUCUCGUCUUGCUGGCCACCGCGAGCCGCCCUCUCUCCCAGAGGGAACUGGCCGCUCUCCUCUCCUUGCAGCCGAACAAGCCCGACGUCACCGAGAAAUAUGACUUUGAUAUCCUUCAGCUACUGAAGCCGGUCGCCUCGCUUGUCUUCUUACAAAAUAACUUGGUCUAUCUCAGACAUGCCCAAAUACGUACUGCGAUAUUGGACGUCUUCUCGAAGGGUAAAUUCCUACCCGCAGUCAAGGAUCGGAAUAUCGACUUCGCUCAACGACUCCUACUUUACACAAAGAACAAUGUGACCGACAGCCAUGAACCAUCUGUGGACCUACUGAACAGACGGGAGACGGAACAUCUGUUGGAGAAACAUCCACUGUUGGACUUUGCGCUCCGAUACUGGCCGAGUCAUGUCAAGAUUGCGUUUGGGUGUACCAGCGACCAAGAUGUUACUACAGCCGGCAAGAGCUUGCGAUCUGUCUUCCCCACCAGUCCUACUGUACCCCUUCUCGAGAUGACCGUGUGGGCUAGCAAGAUGGCUCCGUCGCUCCGAUCCAUUCAUACGAUUCAAACAUCACUGUACCGCGAGAUUUUGAGCAGCAACCACCCGGCCACUUUACAAGCAAAAUUAUCCCAGGCGCUAUUUUACAAGCAGAUCUACACAAGUCUGCCUGCCGAGAGUAGUCAAAUAUUCUACGAGGCGGCGAUGAUUUGCCGGAAGAUGCUAUCCGUCCGCCAUCUCAUCACUAUGCAGAUGGCCCAGUUUUUCCUGGAGAGCACAGCGGACAAAAUUACUGAAUCUAAGACGGAAGUCAUGACUCGGCGCAUUGAAAUGCUUCAACUUGUAGUGGAAUGCUACAAGGUCCACUAUGGGACAACAAGCCUUAUGGUUACCUCCACAUUGACGCAGUUGUCCGAGCAUUAUACUUUAAUCCAAGAGCACAGCAAAGCCCAGGAGAUUAGCCUUGCUCUGGAGGGGUCCUCCGAUGAUAGCACGCCCCAACGGAAGGGGUCCAGACAGGCAGACGACUCUUUACUGGUUCACCUAAACGGUCGUAAAGACCCGACGGAAAGAAGUACCACACUGACCUUGGACGGGAUUGAGUCGGAUGAGGCGAUUACCUGGUCUUUUGAUAUGAAAACUCACUUGGCGCAAGCCGAACGGCAAAAGGCAGAGCAUUUGGUUACAGAGGCAGAACAAACGUAUGUCGAGCUUUGGCAGCAGGCAAGCCAGGAGUAUCGGCUUAGCCACUCUACUGAGCACAAACUCGUCAUGUUGCGAGUUGUUCUCGAGUAUGCUCACUUCCUUGUAAGCCUCAAGAGGAACAAUGAAACCGCCUCGAUCGUUGCCGGUUAUUGGGAACAGUACGAGAAGACAACAUCCAGCCCUGAAGCCCUGGUGCCAUAUUUGCUGGAGCUUGCUCAAAUCAUGAAGUCUGUGGGGCUGUCUGUGAUGGCCAUCGAAGUUUACAAGCACUGCGCACAAAGUACUAGCAGUCAAAGUGCGACGUACAAAGAUGUGGAAAAGCAUAUUAACUCCACCUCCCGGGAGGUGAUGCGCUCAGAAUCCUUGAUGACGGAGUCCACUCUCAAGGAAACAGUAUACAGUGCAUCCAGUGCCGAGCAGCUUUCUACAACAGCGGCCACAACUCUGAUAGAAAAGUACCUGUCUCAGCACCGGUGGCAUGAUGCUACCACUGUUUUGAAACGUGUGCUGCGAACUGUGUGGCCAUCGUUGUUUGCGCCAUCGCUUGAAGAAGUCACGCUACCAUCCACUCAAGUCAAGUACUGCAUUGAACUCGCAGAGUGCCUGGCUGACUGCUAUCGAUCCCGCCGGCGUCCGGCUAAAGAAGAGGAUAUUCGUACUCGACUUUAUCGCGCAGCUCGACGCGAUCGCCCAGCGUGCGGAUAUGAAACCUUGGAGCGAAUCACCACGAACCUUCUUCGUCUAUAUGAGCGCACCUCUCAAACAGACAAGGUGAUCAAAAUUCAUCAGAAUCUGCUGCACGAUUACACCAAGCGAUUUGGUACAGAGCAUCCCAUUGUGAUCCAAAAGCUUUGGACUUUGGCCAGACUGACGCACCCGCAACCCAUCGUAAUGGAUUACUACCUCCAGAUCAUCCAGUCCCUGAACAAGGAUUCAGAGACCUGUCACCCGGAAGCGUUUGAGCCACUCCUGUUUGUCGCCACCGAGCUAUUCAAACAAGGUCGUUACGCGGACGCGUUGAAGCCUUGCCGGGUCUUGUUCAUGACCCUGCAGCAAAGUCCGAAGAUCAGCCAGAAACUACAAGAUCAGAAAACUGUUCAGAGCAUCUAUGAGCAUUAUGUGUACUGCCUACGCGAGGCUCGCAGUGACAUCACUGUCAUCCAUGACGUGACGGUACGAUACCGCAAAUCGUGCAUCAGCCUUUUCGGUGCGAACGCGUCAAUCACCAUCCAGGCGAUGAAAGUAUUGGCAAACAUCUGCCAACAAUCCAAGACAUAUGACACUGAAGCGACCCAGCUAUACGAAGAGCUCUUGCAGAUCCAAUCCAGUGAAGUCGAAAUCGACCACCAAGACAUCCGCGCCAUUCUUGGAGCUAUCUAUGAGCAACAGAAUGCUUCGUUGACAGCCUCAAAGGUGGAAAAUAUGUCUUCGAAGGAGCUUCAGAAGGUUGAGUCUAUCCGCACCCAACGUUUGACAUUCAUCCGCUCCAGCUAUGGAUGGGCCCACGAAGAAGCCUUGUCCCAGAUGGAGGAGCUCGUCUCACUUUACACCAAGCAACACAAAGCACAAGCUGCUACCGAACUGCUGCAGGAAGCAACAGUACAAGUGUUGUCUACCGAGACAUCCUCUAUCAAGUUAACUGCAGCGGCAAAGAGUAUUGCAUAUGGCUACAUCGCAGCCGGCCAAAUCCAAGAAGCGAGGGAUCUCUCAGACGAUAUUUAUCUCCAGGUUAUGAUCAAGGGGGAGAAACAUUCGACAAACCGCCGGCUGAGCCUGAUAUUCUUGGCUCAAUUUGAACAAAUCCUCAAGGAAUCCGCGAACACCCCAACCACGUUCAAUGAGGUAUAUGCUGCCCUGACCCAGGAGUAUCUAUACUUUGAGCGGUUCCGCAACGUGCUCAGCUCAAAAGCUGGCAAGCUCGAGCAUACAGCGGCUACGGUCGCUCGCCUGCACGCAUUCCUGCUCAACGCCGGUCGUCGUUCAGCUGCCGCUCAGGUGCUGGACCAGUACACCAGCUUCUUCCUGGCAUCCGAGGGAUCCAGUUUGAGUCUAGACACUACUCAAGCCAAGAUUUUCAUUGAGACCGUUGUUGAGUAUCUCAGCGCUCAUGCCUCGCGAAACUUCCUCCGUUCAGUGGCCAUUGCUACCUUCAACCGCGUGUCCCAGCAGCUCGACUCAGGAAAUUACCAAUCUGCCUGUCACCUCGCCUCCGCGGCGUCGCAGUACAUUGUUGCCCACCACGGCUACUCGGACCAGGCAACAAGCAAGCUAGUAUUCAAGCUUGGUCUAGCUAUCGCUGGUCGAGAAAUCAACGCGCCUUCCGUAGCCUCUGUUCAAAAGCAGAUGUUAGGCGUGUCGGCCAAAAUUCUGAGUGAUACACUAGGCUAUUUCAGAAAGCACAAUAUCGAGCUCGCACAGCUGGAUCUCGCAAACGUCAACAGUUUGAUCAAGGUUCUCGACGAGCAACAUGACUACCACACCCUGGCUUGGGUUCUCACCUCUCUCUGGAACAGCCGGGAUGCCUAUGCUUUGUCUCAGCCACAGCAUGCAUACACACUUGCCCUGGGACGUAUGUUAGUCAUUACACGCUACCUCGUUGGUGACUAUGCAGCUUCAGUCCGACUUGCAGAAGACCUUGUAUACAACUGCGCUCGUGUUCAUGGGCCCCGCCACCCGAGUACCAUUGAGAUUACCGUGCUACUUUCACAGAUGUACACCAGCAUGGCUCAAGGCUACCAGGACCAGAAAGGCCGUCACGAGCUAGCUUAUCGGUACUACCGAAAGGCAGCAGCGCUGCAUGAAAAUGCCCUACGCGUAUUCAUCGACCCAUCCUCUUUUACGAGCGAUGUGGAUAUGGAAGUCAUUUCUGGCAUGUCAUCUCCCUCAUCUCCUGCCAGUCCAGGAGAAAAGGAAGAAGGUAAACACGUUCGACAGCACUUGCACAUGCUCAAACUUGCAGUCGAGCGCCUUGGAGAUUGGCCAAAGGAUUACUCUGAAUAUGAAAAGCUUAGCCAAGACCUGUUCAACACGUUUGGAAAUGACUUGGAGGGGGUAGAUGGUGUUGACAAAUGGAACCUAAAAUCGUUCGGCUCGGGACAAGCUGAGGCUAGUGACGACCUGGUCUCCUUUCAUCGCGAACACCUUGCGAUUGCCAUUUGA